AUGAUGGAAACGCAGUCCCCAGCACCGGCCCUGGCGUCAUCGCGCCAGUCCGGACGCAGCUCCGAGAGCAGUAGCUCCGUGGACGUCAUUGCUCAAGAGAAGCAGAAGGUAGCAGCAGCAGCAUCAUCAGCAGCAGCGACCUCGACCGCAAGUAAAGACCGUCCGGACUUGCACAACUCGGCUUCCCCGAAGCGGUGGAAGUCCUUCUGGACCGCCUUCCGAUACCUGCAGCACCUGACGCCAAAGCAGGUUGACGACUUCAUGGCGUCAUAUGUCAUUUAUAACCUCGACUGGUCGGACGAGAAGCAGAUGAUCGAGACAUUAGGUCCUAACUACCAGGAGAAAGUCGGCGACUGCCUCAAAGCGUACUACGGGGUGUUGAACCACCUGUGUGCGCUGGGCGACGUGGAGAAGAUGUACAUCCCCCCGUUCAUGAGCAAGAAGGCGACCGUGCUGGAGAACCAGUUGCUGUAUGAGGAGUCGAUCGCCCGCGACAUCGGGCUCGGUCCCGGCGAUAAGGUGUUGGAUUUGGGUUGCGGUCGCGGGCGGGUGGCGGCGCACAUGACGCAAUUCUCCGGCGGCGCGCAGGUCACCGGCAUCAACAUCGAUCCCAACCAGAUCGCGCAGGCGCAAAAGUUCAACGACAAGCGCGGGUUCCAGAACAAGUUCGUCGUGCAGGAUUUCAACUCGCUGCCGCUGCCGUUCGAGGACGAGAGCUUCGACGCCUUCUACCAGAUCCAGGCCCUGAGUCUGUGCAAGGACCUGACGGCCCUCUUCCGCGAGAUCUACCGCGUCGUCAAGCCCGGCGCCAAGAUCUCCCUGCUGGACUGGGUCAGCCUGCCUGCCUACGACCCGUCGAACCCGGAGCAUGCGGAGCUCAUGCGUCGCGUCAAGCCUCUCAUCGGCGCAGUCGGCACACCCACCCCGGAGAUUCUCGAGCGGGCGCUAGCCGAUGCCGGCUUCACGGUGUUGCGCUCGGACAAUGCCAGUCUGGACGGACUGCAGGCGCCGCUGAUUGACACGGUGGACUUUUACUUCCGGUCCAUGCGACAGGUGAUCCUGGGUUUGGUCAAGGUGCAUGCGCUGCCCCACCACUUCAAAACUCUGAUCAAUCGGCUCUGUCUGGAUGGUCAGGCUUUUGUCAAGAUGGACCGCAUGCGCCUCUGCAGUACGAGUUACCGCAUCAUUGCUCAAAAGCCGUCGCGGUGA